GACGCUUUUAACUCACAGUAAAAGCAAAAGCAACAGCUCAAGCAGGCUCCUUGGAGAAAACCUGAAAAUUCAACUUGUUCAAGAGAAGGUCUUGUACAUGCCUAAGUUCUAGAGCCUCCUGACGUGAGCAUGGCUGAGAGUGAGGACCGCUCCCUGAGGAUCGUUCUGGUAGGGAAAACUGGAAGUGGGAAAAGUGCAACAGCGAACACCAUCCUUGGAGAGGAAAUCUUUGAUUCUAGAAUUGCUGCCCAAGCUGUUACCAAGAACUGUCAAAAAGCAUCCCGGGAAUGGCAGGGGAGAGACCUUCUUGUUGUGGACACUCCAGGGCUCUUUGACACCAAGGAGAGCCUGGACACCACCUGCAAGGAAAUCAGCCGCUGCAUCAUCUCCUCCUGCCCAGGGCCCCAUGCUAUUGUCCUAGUUCUGCUGCUGGGCCGCUACACAGAGGAGGAGCAGAAAACCGUUGCAUUGAUCAAGGCUGUCUUUGGGAAGUCAGCCAUGAAGCACAUGGUCAUCUUGUUCACUCGCAAAGAAGAGUUGGAGGGCCAGAGCUUCCAUGACUUCAUAGCAGAUGCGGAUGUGGGCCUAAAAAGCAUCGUCAAGGAGUGCGGGAACCGCUGCUGUGCCUUUAGCAACAGCAAGAAAACCAGUAAGGCAGAGAAGGAAAGUCAAGUGCAGGAGUUGGUGGAGCUGAUAGAGAAAAUGGUGCAGUGCAACGAAGGGGCUUACUUUUCUGAUGACAUAUACAAGGACACAGAGGAAAGGCUGAAACAACGGGAAGAGGUUUUGAGGAAAAUCUACACUGACCAAUUAAAUGAAGAAAUUAAACUAGUAGAAGAGGAUAAGCAUAAAUCAGAGGAAGAAAAGGAGAAAGAAAUUAAAUUGCUAAAAUUAAAAUAUGAUGAAAAAAUAAAAAAUAUAAGGGAAGAAGCUGAGAGAAAUAUAUUUAAAGAUGUUUUUAAUAGGAUUUGGAAGAUGCUUUCAGAAAUAUGGCAUAGGUUUUUGUCGAAAUGUAAGUUUUAUUCUUCCUAAUUACUGUGAUUUGUUAAUGGAUGAAUUGUAUUUUGCAAAGAUAGAGAAAUACCUCCCUCCCCUUAGCUUUAUUAAGGUAUCAUUGAUAAAUAAAAAUAAAAUAUGUUUAAUGUGUAUAAUGUGAUUUUUAAAUAUAUAUAUAUAUGCAUUGUGAAAUAAUUAAAUAAAGGUAAUUAACACAUCUA